AUGGAUAUCUUUCUAGACAUUCUCGACACCUUCGUUCUCGAUCGGUGUUACGCCUAUCUCUCCCCAGACCCAGCCAGCCAGUAUACGAACUUGACUUCGCCCGAUCUGAACCGCCAUGUCAAGGUGUACUACCCUUUGGAGCCCUCGAAAUGGGCCGAAGCAAGCCUCUGGAAGAGAGAAGAUCUCUCAAGACAAGCAUUGUCCUUAUACCUGAUUACCUGGCUCUUCGCAAUGCUCAUGUACCUCCUCGGCAGCCUAGCUCUAUACCACACCCUCUUCGACAAAAGACUCCUCCAACACCCCCGCUUCCUAGCAAACCAAAUCAAGCUCGAAAUCAACCAAGGCAUCUCAGCCAUCCCAACCAUAACCCUCCUCACAGUCCCCUUCUUCCUAGCCGAAAUAAGAGGCUGGUCCAAACUAUACGACUUUACCUCCCAGUCCCCAUUCUGGGGAUACACACUACUGCAAUACCCGCUCUUUAUCUGUUUCACGGAUAGUGGGAUCUACUGGAUCCAUCGGGGCUUGCAUCACCCACUCGUGUAUAGGUGGUUGCAUAAGCCGCAUCAUAAAUGGGCUGUGCCGACGCCGUUUGCGAGUUAUGCUUUCCAUCCGUUGGAUGGGUGGUCGCAGAGUUUGCCGUAUCAUGUUUUUCCGUUGAUUUUCCCGCUGCAGAAGGUGGCUUAUUUGGGGCUUUUUGUUUUUGUUACGAUGUGGACGGUUUUGAUUCAUGAUGCGGAAUACCUACCGACGUCGGAGAUUAUCAACGGAGCCUCUUGUCAUACGAUGCAUCACCUUUAUUUCAACUACAAUUACGGCCAGUUCACAACUGCCUGGGAUAGAUUGGGGGGGACUUAUCGCAAGCCCAAGGGCGAUGCCUUCAUGGAAGCCGAAGCCAAGAGCGACGGGAAGAUAGAGAGGAAGCGAGAUUGA